AUGAAAGAUAUUCGUCUAAAGGACCUUCCAACAUGUUUCCAAACUACUAAUCCAAAUGAUGAAAUAUUUAACUUAGCCAUGGAAUCGGCAGAGAGUGCUUCUCAAGCUUCAGCAAUUGGUCUUCAUACUUUCAAUGCGUUGGAACAAGAUCUUUUGGAUGCUCUCUCAUCUAUGUUUCAAAAUGUUUACACCAUUGGUCCUUUACAGUUACUUCUAAACCAACAAGUAUCACCAGACUUGGAGCGUCUUGGAUACAAUUUGUGGAAAGAAGAACCAAAGUGUCUCCAAUGGCUUGAUUCCAAAGAACCUAGCUCCGUUAUUUAUGUCAAUUUUGGAAGUGUAACAGUCAUGCCCCUGCAACACUUGAUAGAGUUUGCUUGGGGACUAGCCAAUAGCAACCAUUACUUCCUGUGGGUAAUUAGGCCUGAUUUGGUGAUUGGAGAGUCGGUUAUUCUGGCACAGGAAUUCGAGGCAGACACUAAAGAAAGGGGAUUGAUAGCAGGGUGGUGCCCGCAAGAGGAAGUCCUGAACCACCCAUCAGUUGGAGUGUUCUUAACACACAGUGGAUGGAACUCAACUAUUGAGAGCUUGACGGCGGGGGUGCCCAUGAUGUGUUGGCCAUUUUUUGCAGAUCAGCGGGUGCUGGGGCAGAAGCUGCUGCGGCAACACAACUUGCCUCCAGGUCUUUUUUCACAGAACAUAACAUGCUACGAAUUUGAUGAGCCAAAGUCCAAGCUGACUGUAUACUUGCCCUCUGCGAACAUAGAAGGAAUGAAGACCAAGGUCUGGGUAUGGGUCAAGGUCACAAAUGUGGCAGUUGAGGGCUCCAAAUCGGAUAAGGUGAAGAGGUUGCAUCUCGUAGGCUGUGCUUGGUCUGUCAUUAUGCCAAGUGGUAGCAGUUGGUGGGAAGUUAGCAGAUUUGCUCUUAGAAGUCUGGCAGAUGGACUUGGAGCAGAUUUGGCAUGUAUGCAGUUGAUUGCCAGAGUGGAGGUAACCAGCUUUCGGGUCUUGCAAUGCAGUGCAGAGGCCCUGCGUGGUUCUGGUAUGAACAACGACGAUGAUGACGCCACACGGAUGAAUCAAAUGUUAGAGGAUGUCGCAGCUCUCGCAAUACAGUGGUAG